ACCCGAUUUGUUGGAGGAUUUUAUUCUGACAGCGAGAACUUUACCCGGAAACAACUAAAUGUAGUACAAGUCAAAGGUUCAAACAACGUCGUUUAGAGUCGUUUAUCAAUAACCUUCUCAGUUAAACUUGACUUUAAGUCUGCUUGAGCUACAUGGUGAUAAUGAGGAGUGCGUUCAGGCUUCUUACGACCAAUCUUGUUGCUGGGCAAAGAAGUAUGUCUCAAAGCAGUCUUGCUGGGAAAGUAGCUAUAGUCACUGCCUCCACAGAUGGGAUUGGCCUGGCUGCAGCUCAGGCUCUGGGUAAAAGAGGGGCCCAUGUGGUUGUGAGCAGCCGACGGCAGGCCAACGUGGACAAAGCUGUGGCACUGCUGCAGAGCCAGAGCAUCCAAGUGACUGGAACCACCUGUAAUGUUGGCAAUGGAGAGGACAGAGAGAAGCUGGUCCAAGUGGCUCUGGAUCAGUGGGGGGGCAUUGACAUUCUUGUGUCCAAUGCAGCAGUCAACCCUUUCUUUGGAAACGUCAUGGACUCCACAGAGGAAGUGUGGGAUAAGAUUCUGGCUGUAAAUGUAAAAUCAGCUUUCCUCCUGACUAAGUUGGUGAUGCCUCACAUGGUGAAGAGGGGAGGGGGAAAUGUGAUAUUUGUGUCAUCUGUGGCUGGAUAUCAACCUAUGCAGGCCUUGGGUCCUUACAGUGUGAGUAAGACUGCCCUGCUGGGUCUAACCCGGGUGCUCGCUCCUGAGUUAGCUCAGAGCAACAUAAGAGUGAACUGUGUGGCCCCUGGAGUCAUCAAAACCCGCUUCAGCUCUGCGUUGUGGCAAAAUGAAGACGUUGUUGACGAGUUUAAAAAGCAGCUUAGCAUUAAAAGAAUUGGAGACCCAGAGGAAAUUGGAGGGGUGGUUGCAUUCUUGUGCUCAGAAGAGGCUUCCUACAUCACAGGAGAGACCAUCGCCGUGACUGGAGGGAUUACCUGUCGACUCUGAAUCCUCACUGGCAGCAGAAUAAAUUUGCAUUUAAUCAUGUGUUUCUAUGUAGAUUAUUUUUUUAAAUUAAACAGAAAUGUCUCCAUGCAAAAUUUCAAAAAUCUUUAGUCUUAUUAUGCUCUACAGAGCAUAAUACUGUAAAGAGAUUCAGGUAGUUUGGGGAAAUCUCAGUAAAACUCCUGAGUUUUCUCAGCACAAGCUCAUGUAAGAUGGACAUAAGGACACUGAACGUGUAUUUGGUGUAUUUUUCAGCUGCUUUUGGGGGGCAAAGGUUAGACCAUCCAGGAUGGUAUCAGUGCAAGGUGCUAAAGGCAACAUCUGUGAUGGCAUGGGGUGUCAUCAGUUACCAUGAAAUAGAUUACUUGCAUGUAUUUAAAGGUACAGUUGAUGUAAAAGUAUAUCUUGGAUUUUGUAAAGACACGCUACCACCAAGGUGACUGUUUUUUUCCCUGGGAGGUCCAGUAAUUUCUGCAGAAUAAUGCCAAACCUCAUUCUGUAUAACUUCCAACAGCGUGGCUUCACAGAAGGAAUGUGUGCUUAACCGACCUGCCUGCAGUCCAGAUCUGUCUCCUCUUAUAUUAUUAUUCGAGCAUUAUGAGAAUCAGAUGAUGACUAUUAAGGACUGUUUAGCUGAAACCUUGUUUUCAGCCAGAAUAGACAGAGAAAACUCUAGUCAGCAUCCUCAGUUUCCAAGUGAUUAAAAUGUCUGAUCAAAGCAAAAAAUCAGUGUAAAACGGUAAACAGGUCUCUAUUUCAACUUCAACUUUCAAAUUUUUCAAUUAUUUACUGAGCAUUGGAACUUUCUGAGCUAAUUUUCAUGUAUUGUACUUGAUUUUUUUGUGUAAUUUUUUUAAUCAAAAUGUUUUUAAGCAGCUAAUUCUAAAUCAAACUGAUAGCUGCAUCAUGUAAGGGGAAUUGUACUUUUUAAAUACAUGUGUAUAAUCAGAUAACUCAUGUUUAAGUAAAUAAAUUAUGACUGACAAAUCUA